GAGCGUAGUUGUAUAAAGCAAUUGUUUUAUGAACUUAGCAACGUAAACAGGUACAUCUGUACACUCGGCUAAAGAUAAAAAUUAUAUUUAGUUAAGUGAGAAAGAAACCAUUUAGUGAUAUUGUUUACAUACACACAUCAAACGAGUUACACCCGGGAUGGAAAAUACAGGCGUGGGAAUUAUCAUCUUUUUCUUAAUGCUCCACACUGAAGAGUCUUCUGGGAGGAAAGCCAUCAAUUUUUCAGAAAACAAUAUGCGACGUCUACACCAAUUAGCUCUUCUUAAGGCUAGGAUCCUGAACGGCCUUAACCUUCCUCUACCACCAAGUGUCAAUGAUACAAAUGGUAAACCCCCGAUCUCUGAGGUAGUUCUAACUCAGCUCCAUUAUCAGUCCGCUCUGGUGGCAAGUACUGGACCAUCCGACAAUAUGGUCUUAUUAUUGCUAUCAGAACCAACAGAUGAAAGCGAUGUUGUUCAGUUUAACUUGAAUGGAAAUGCUGAUGGAUUUAGAAAGAAAGUGAAAAGCGUUCAGUUAUUUAUACGACUUGUAAAUAAGAAACGACGCGAUACAAAUAUGGAAGGAAAAAGACAAAAAUCAAGAAAAAUAAAGAUUAUCAUUCGCGGAUUUCAUCCCAAGAAAAACAAAAUGAAAAGACUUACCGUUAAGAAACUAAAAAUACGAAAAGAAAAAUGGCUGAAUUUGAAGCUACCAGUUAAAUUCAUAAAGAAGGUUGCUAAAUCGAAAAACAAAACACUUGCAUUAAAGAUAUCAUGUAAACGGUGCUCUAAUUGGGUAGAAAUGGACAUGGCCUACAAAAAUCGCCAAAAUUAUAAUUCAAACACGACAAAUGUUGUACCGGUACGCAAGAAAAUGCUAAACGCCCAGCGUCCUUAUAUAAUAAUUCACAAAAAGAUUUCCAAGAAAAAGUCGAAGAAAAAAAGACGGGCAAAGCGAGAUUUGAGCGACACUUGUCAGUAUGUGUCAAAUGUGACGUCAUGUUGUACUCAACCUUUGUAUGUAAACUUUACUGAGAUUGGUUGGUCCGAUUGGAUUAUCUAUCCUCAAGGUUUUACAACCGGAACAUGUACAGGUUCGUGUUGGAAUGGACGAAAUUCACUUCCGGGGUCACUUGUGUGUUCGCCAUCAGAGACAGGCGCACUAACUGUUGUGUAUUAUGCGAGCGAUAAUAUCAUCAUUAGAAGAACAAUACCGGACGUAAUAGAUGCGGCGUGCGCAUGUCAGGAAUCAACUUUGCCUCGAAAAUAAUAGCGGUGCAACUAGUUCGGGUAACGUCUGUGAAAAUAAAUGAUUACAACACCAAGGGAAGUUUAAGGCAAUGAUUGAAUUAAAUAUAAAAAUAAACAAAGACAAGAUAGAAUGCGCAAUGGGUGUCGUUUGGCAUACAAAGAUGGAUUGUGUACUGUCUCAUACACGAUACCAUUCAAUACUUACAGUUUCAUGACAAAUGACAUUUGUAUUUUCAGAAGCAAAUGUUUGUGGGUAGAAGGUAGCCGCCGAGCAAAUAGUUAUUAUCAUAAGUAAAUUGUUGUUGAAAUGUUUAAAUGUAUGUAAGGCAGCCGCGGUGACUCGGUGAGUUCGGCACUUGCUCACUAACCAGUAGAUCCCGGGUUAGCCCCUGGUGUCUUCAAACGUGGUUUUCCUCUCUUCAGUGGUGGCCGAGCAAGGACAGUGUACACGUUGGCUUGCACAUAAAAAAAAACAUUGACAGUUGGAACUCGAUAUAUAUAUAUAUAUAUAUAUAUAUAUAUGGAAGCCUAUAAUUAUAAAUCGUACUUCGUAGAAGUAGAAGUUACGACAAAAUGUGAGGCAAUAGCACUCUACACAAGCCAAAAUCUAGUCGAAAAUAGGAAAUUAAUUAAGAGAUAAACACAACGUUUUGUCGUGAUUUCUACUUUUCGACGUGCAUUUUGGUUUGUGUAGCUUGAUGUCGAAUUUCGACAUAGUCAUAUUUUUUUAUUUAUUAUUGGUCAAAUUUGAUAUUAUUUGUUAGUGUAAUAUUAUUUGAUGUUGGAAUCAUUUGGCAGACUUACUGUAAACCAUUACUUUGUAAACAAUUAGAUGCUGCGAUUUUUCAACUAGUCACACAAUGGAAACUACUGUCGCAGAAUAACUGCCCCUGUCACUUAAACUGUAAAUACUCUAGGGUCAGUAUCUCUGGCUACGGGACUUUUGUUCUCAACUUUGGGUAGUCAUUUAUACGUGUUUUAUGAAAAAAUUUUUCGAAUAUUACGAAAAAUCGUAUUUUAACUUCAAUUAUUUACAUUUUAAUACUCAAACUGUCUUCGGUGAUUUCCGUGACGUCCAGCGAACGUUGGGUGUCUUACGCGACCAUUACGCGUAGCACAUGCAUAUCACAUAUUUGGAGAAACAUUUUAAUACUCAAACUGUCUUCGGUGAUUUCUGUGACGUCCAGCGAACGUUGGGUGUCUUACGCGACUAUUACACGUAGCACAUGCAUAUCACAUAUUUGGAGAAACGGACGUUAAAUAAAACUACUUCAAACACAUUUUAUUCAUAUAAAUAUUUUCCCUUUUAUUAAAACUACAAGGAGAAAACUCAUUUGUCUGAGAAAUGAUAUAUUCAUUAAAAUAUGUAUAAAAGAAAAGCUUUAAGCCAAAGCUUCUGCUGUUUAAUUGACAACUUAUCAUGUUUGUGCAAUAUUUAGUAAUGUGUUCAUUACGUAAGCCGUAGGUGACACACAUAAACAUAUCUUAUAGGUUUAUCCAUGCGAUAUAGAGCCUCACUUAAUUCGAUAAAACAAAGUCUUAUAUUAAAGGUCACAUGUAAUGGCCCAUUCGUGUAUCAAAUUUGUUUUUAUUCUAGACGUUUUAUCAGAAAUAAAGCUUUCAUAAUUAUAUUUUAGCGGGAAAAUAUCAUUAGUUUGAAAUAAAUGUAUGUUUUAUAAGCCGAUACCGGUUACUCCCCGCUAACGUGGAGCUUUGAUAUGACGACGUCAAUUAUGUCAUAACGCCAUUUAUGGCUCUACGAAUCGGUGUAUUACGGCUUCUUUUCUUGUA